AUGGACUUAAUUUUAGAUUUAUUUUCAAUGGGUUCUAAGCAGUAUCUAAGCUCAGAUUCUCAUCAUUUUCAUUCAAGUUAACAGAGCUUUUGAUUCAUUAUCUGAAUUCAUUUUCUACUCCUGUUUUGAUUAAUAGUAUUAAAGCCAUGCUUUAUAAACAUGAUACAUUUCAUUGUUAAACCAAGAAGAAUUAUUUGACUUCUGUCAUUGGUCUUAUGUCUGUAUGUAUUUAUAGAACUUAUCGCUGUAUUCCUAUUGUUGUAACGUUACAACAUAUCAUCUCAGUGAAGGCCCGACUGGACUGUAAUCAUUGUUCUACUUGAACGACUCUCCACGGGAUUAAGUGUCGACGAGAAUUAAUUCGUAUGCAUGGGAAGCUUUCUGUGGAAAAAUGGGAUAGCUAACUAGCGCUGAAUGCCUUCUAUUGUUACGGAAUCACACAAUGCUAAUUCUGUAGUGACGUAGCGAACAAACAAGAUAAAAGGACAUAUAAUAACAUUUUACAAGUCGAGUGAUUUAAUGAUAUCAUCUGUAGUGGUUCUUUGAUUAAUUACCACGUGUGGAGAAUUUAAAAGGAAAAAUACUUCUACAAAAGAGAACUAUGGCCCACAUGGGCGGCCCUAACGCAAUGUCAAAUGGCGGAAUGACACAAGUCGCCAAUGCCGAAGUUGAACGUCACAUCCGACAAAACAACGAAAGACUUAGGUGUAUUCAGCAGCAUUUACAAACGCCUGAAGGUUUCGAUAAAGCCGCUAAAGAAUUGCUGGAAUGGUGUUCUGAUCAGAGAGCAUUUCAAAAAGCAUUUGAACAGAGUCUGAUGAGCUGUCUAACGGUCAUCAGUGAGGUGGCAGCGAAACCUGGUUUUAACUUGAGUCUGGGAUAUCGAUUAUUGGCAAUAUGUUCAGCUAAUCGAGAAAAGUUUUCACAAAAGUCGUCAAAUAUGUUACAUUAUUGGUGUGAAGAACUCGGUAGAUCAUUACUGCUUCAGCACCAAAAAACCCGACCAAACGAUGGAAUGAAACCGGCAGGAAGCCCAGCCCCAGGAUCUAACAUGCGGCGACGUACCUGUUAUUCUCGUGGCGCCAGUAUGGGUCCUAGAAUGGGUUAUGCAGACUCGCCUGGUUGGAACACUGGUGAUCCCGGUCUAAACUCCGGUGCGAUGCCUGGACCAAUGCCACAAAGGCCUCAACACCAUAGCGUUUCCGUGACGACCACCGUAUGGGGUGUGACAAACACUACACAGACCCCGCCCAUAAGAGGUCAAUCACACCCACCUAUCAAUCAAUAUCCUAUGGGACCUGGAUCUGUUCCCCAUUCGCGUCCUCAAAACUCUGGUUACCAUUACCACUCUCAACAGAAGGCGGGACCUUAUGGUGGUCCUGCAGCAUACCAGAGACCCGACUAUGGGACGCCUAUGAAUGGCCCGCAUCGUGGAAUGCCGGGACCUGGUUAUGGCCCGAAUACAGGGACUCAUCAAGGACACCACAUGGGACCCGAUACGGGCGAUUAUCCUCCAGCCGCUGCCGCCGCUGCAGCGGCAGUUGCGGCCGCAGCAGCGACCGCUACUGCCACCGCUACCGCGACACUGAUGGUCAACGAUCAACAACAACAAAAUGAUAUGUAUGAUCAGAUGGGUCCUCAUCGGAAUAUGCACCCUAUGGAUCCGAGUGGUAACAACAUACCAGUUGGCAUGAUGCGGGAUGGCGGCGGACCUCAAAGUGGCGCGAUGGGACCUGGUGGUGCACGAGGGGGGAUGCGACCUGGCAUGAUAGAUCAAUAUGGCCAACCAGGAAAAACUAUGGGGCCUGGACCCCAUCCGAUGAAUCACCCGGCCAGCUCUCCCAUCGGUGGACCCACGCAUGGUCCAGGAGGUUAUAACGGCAUGAAUUCACAAUACAGACCUCCGUAUAGACAAAAUUCGGGUUCAUACGGUCCAACCUCACCAUACGAUCCUGUUCCUCCACAUCAGUUCAAAUCACCGCCAUUAACGGGUCAUCCAAGUACGCCAACUGGUGGUUUCAGUCCUCGAAUACCCACACCGUCCUCCCACACACCGGGUCCUCUCCUCACUGCUACCCCUGGUCUAUAUCCGUCUGUAUCAUCAGCGGGUAGCGUCCCUCAAUAUUACCCCAAUUCCCAUUCAACCCCCAAUUCCGGGGUACCUACGCCGGGACCGAUGGGUGCUGGAUACUCUUCACAACGACCACCCUUCAAUCAAUAUGGUCCGACAAUGUAUCGAGGGCAUCCUCAACACCAGCCGCCGAACCCCAUGCCUGGGAAUCCCACGCCACCUAUUACUCCUGGCAGCGCACACAACGUUCCACCGUACCCAGGACCAGACGUGAAGCCUAAUAUAAUGGACUUAAAGCCAAUCAUCUCAAACCCGGCUGGACUUCCACCCAUGGAAGAACCAAUGCCGCCUAACCAGGGAGCGGGACCGAUGAAUCAUGACGAAAUGAGAAUGACGUUUCCUGUCAGAGAUGGCAUCGUGCUAGAACCUUUUAGACUAGAACACAAUCGAUCCGUCAGUACACACGCCUUCCAUUUAAGACAUCCAGCCUAUCAAACGUUAAUGUGGAGAUCCGAUCUCGAACUUCAAUUCAAGUGUUAUCAUCACGACGAUAAAAUGCAAUAUACAAAUUGGCCACAUUCCGUACAGGUUACCGUCAACAACACAAAAAUGAACAUUCCUCGUCACCCAGCCUGUAAACCACUAUAUUUGCGCGAUGUUUGUCAACCUGGAAAAAAUACAAUUGAAAUCACAGUGUCGACGUGUUGUUGUUCACAUUUGUUCGUACUGCAGCUGGUCCAUCGACCUAUCAUUAGAUCUGUGCUCAUGGGACUCUUACAAAAAAGAAUGUUGCCAGCUACACACUGCGUUACUAAAAUAAAACGAUAUUUCAGUAGCGGAGUUAUUAACGGGAAUAAGGGGAUGCUUGGUAGCCCAAUGGGAAAUGGGGCCAACGAGGACCCAAAUUCUACUGUUGUGUCACUACGAUGCCCCAUCACUUACAGAAGAAUAAAUUUACCAGCAAGGGGAAACGAAUGUAAACAUAUACAGUGUUUUGACUUGGAAGCAUAUCUACAGCUUAAUUCAGAUAAGCGGACGUGGAGAUGCCCAAUAUGCAAGAAAAGUGCAUUACUAGAAGGUCUGGAAGUCGAUCAGUAUAUUUGGGGAAUAUUAAAGCAAUCUCAUCCUGAAGAUAUGGAAGUUAUCAUUGAUCAAGCAUGUAACUGGAAACCGGCUCUAUCGAUCAAGAGAGAACCUUCAUUUAACGUAGACGAUGAGGGGCCACCGAAUAAAAGAUUCAGAAGUACUGGAAUGUCGCCUGCUACAAUGUUCAAUCACCUACCAAGUCCCGGAAGUUAUGUGCCACAAAUGACACCACUUCCGCCUACAAGACUCACAAUGACCCCGGACAUGCAACCUUCAGGUUCUGGUUUUCCUCAAUCUGUUGGUGGGUGCGGUUACCAUAACAACGGUAGCAAUGGAUACAUGAGUUCUGGUCCUGGUAUGUCAAGUACACCGGGGCCCAUGAUGAACGGGGGAAUGGUAUCAGGCAUGGGCCAUACUAACGUUAUGUCCCCAGGAAACUCUAUGGGAAUGCCUCACAUGAACAACCAUGGUGGUACCCUGCAUCGAGCGAAUCCAUUACAAUUGGAAAACAUAGCAGCGGAUGACAUGGUGACGAUUGAGAAAAGACUGAACCACGCAAUCGCAAACAACAACAGAAAUUCACCUAAUAUUCCGCGACCUAUGAGCAAUCAACCAACCAAUUCUGACAAUAACAAUACAUUGGUGAGAUCAAAUAGUAACAGUCAACUUCCACAACACUCCGGUGGAUUUUCUAAUCAACGAGGACCUACACCUGAUCAACAACGAUUGCGUAACACAAUGUCGGCUCCUUCCAACACAGCACCUACCACACCCGGUAAUCCAACAACUCCGGGAAAUGGUAUCGAACUAUUGUCCCCACAAGGAGGACCUAAUAAUACCACGAACUCAAUGGCCGGUGGGUCGUCGACAACAAAUCCAUCUUCCAGUAUGACAUCGGCAAACGCAAUAGGAGGCUCUGAAUUGUCGUUCGAUCCAGCCGCUGUUAUAAAUGGAUCUGGAAUCGGUGAAAAUGAUGACAAGAUACCGUCUCUAGAUAUUUUGCCUCCCAACACUGACACCAAUGAUCUGUUCGACUAUUUGGGCGUGAAUGACGUGGGAGAACCUAACGAAGACGAUAUAUUUUCAUUAUUCGAUAACUGAACGUCUACAAAUGGAUGAUUCGUCAAAACGAUAGAAUAAAUCUGAAGAUCGUCUGUUGUCAAAACGAGGGAGAUACAAAGUUGAAAACCGAGAUAGAGACUGGGCAGAGACUACAAACACUGCGCCGAGUCUAUAAACAUGGUACGCUAAUGGCGCCAAAUUUGAAACAAAUGAAACAAUCCUCAAAAACAAAAUAAAAAUGACAAUGCAGUGCGAAAUAAAGCGCAACUAUAUUUCACACAAAGGCACAUCCAACUUUUCUCCAAUGUUUAGUUUGAGUGUAAUAGUGCGUUAAACACCAUUAUCUGUUUCCUGGCAUAUUGACUAUUAUCCGUUCCGAAAUGGCCAGCUGCAUAAGCAGUACACAUGGCCCACGCUGAUUAGAAUUGUUUUUGACAUUUUUUACUUUGAAACAAAUUGUUGCACUUAUUGUAACAUUUUUUAUGAACUCAUUGCACUAUUAAAAUAAAUGUUAACAUCACUGACAAUUUGAAGUAAUUAAAAUAAAAUGUUAGUUUUCAAUGUAAGUAUGAUGCAGAACUGGCGCACAUUUAUUCAGCCAAUCAAAUUUAAGAUAUUUUAGUUAAUUUUACGUAAUUUUCUAUCAGUGUCAUUAGUUACUACAUUUUUAAUUUUGUAGCUUGAACUCUCUUUUGAUGAGUAUUUAUUAUUCUUAUUCUCUUUUUAAUUUUAUUCCUAAUUUUUUCAUUUUUCUUGAACUUCUGCUGUACGUUUCCAUCCACAGUAUUUAUUUUUGUCCGUCUGGUGAGUUUCUGAACCCAAAUUUAUCUUAAAUCCGUCGAUGGCAGUUAUUUUAUGUUUUCAUUGAAUUCAGAUAAUUCCGUUACCAGAUAGAUUGGUUCUAUACUCUUUAGUAAUAUAAUGAAUUACAUGAAUGAGUUCUUCUAAUGUUCUACAAAGAGCUGAUCAGUGAUUAUUAAAAAAACAUGGAGGUUUCUUGCAAAUUCUAUGAUAUACAGUUGUUUAGUUUUCGUUCACUCAUAGUUGCAAAAUCUACUUAAAUAUCUCUUAUUGUAGUCAAUUUUACAAUUUUUUUUAGAUGUAUCCUACACAAAAAAUUGUUGACAUUCAAAACACUCAAUUAGUGUUUAGUUAAGUUGAUUUUGAUAAAAAUUUCACUAUUAUUUUUCAAAUUUCCGAUGAAUAAAUCAUUUUAUGGUUGAAAAUAAUGAAAAUCAAGCUAAAUCCUCUUUUGUAUUUGGCGACUGUUAAUUAUUUGUUGUUAAUAACUUAAUAAAAGAAAGAACUAUUAAAUAUCAUAAUAUGGACCUUUCAUAUCACAUGUAAAACGAAAGAGUCAAACGUAACCCAAAAGCUGUUUACAUACAAAAAAUUCGAUAGUUGAUCUCAAAUCUAAUUCGCCAUAUUUUGUUUUUUACUUUGAAAGUUCCACUUUUCUAUUUUUUUGUUGUUGUUUCAUCGACUAUAACCAGACGUUUUUAUUUUCACAAUGUUAUGUAUUCUGAAAGUGGCACAAUUUUUUCUCAUUUUUUGCCAAAACAGUUUACUCAAGUUAGGUAAUUUACACUUGUCAAAAGCAUACAAAUUUCAAGGAUUACACUUUAAUCCAUAUUUUUGAAAGUACCAGUAGUCGCCGCUCAUGAAUUAUUGCUUGGACUUUAAAAAAAAGUACCAACAAAUACCUUUUCAUCUAAAAUCAAAACACGUUUCUUCCGAAUUACUAAAGGUUUUCCCCUGUUCCUACCUCAUAGAAAAUUAUGAAAAUGAAAUGAUCACUUCAAAACUUGGUUUUUUGAGAUCAUCCAAUAAAUAGCGAGAGAUGAUGUCAAACUCAUUAACUUGAUUUAAAUCAAAUCCACAACCAAACCAUCAUUCACAAUCAAGUACGUGCAUGAAACACCUGCAAUCUAUCUCGUUUUUGGGCAACUUAGUCUGUACUCAAUGAACUCAUUUUUAUUUUCAGCUUCAGCAUUUUUCUGUAUUUUCGGAAGUAUUUAAGGUGCUAAUAGAUAUUUCUUAUUUCAUGCCAUGAAUUUUUGGUUAAUUCAGCUCGUUUUUUUUUAAUGAUCCAGUUAUAUUCCAACAUACUAUCACAACGUCUUCGUCAAUAAUUUUGGAGUUAAAUUACAAUUUCAACUUUUUUCUUUCAAGAUAUCUAGUAUUAUAAUUCCCGUUUUGAAAAAGUUAUUCUGUCUGACAUACUUGACUGUUGAAUUUAUAAUGAUAAUGGAAUUAACUCUGAUUAAUUUUUCCACAUUUUUCUCUUAUUUUUAUUUUUCAUCAAUAAAGCGUUUUAGCUUAUUUUUGAUAUACAUGCCCCAUAACAUCUUUGAUUUUUCUCUCCUUUUUUACUUUUUCUAUUAUUUUCGAGCUUUUUCAAUCUCUACUCCUUCAAAGAUCGAGAGUGCUUUUUCGAAAUAGGAGAGAAAAUAAUAUGAGAGAACGACAAAGUCGAUAUUUCUCUCUUUUUUCGUAUUUCACUGCAUUCUCACUUUGGUAUUUAUAUUAUUCGUUCUUUUACUUAUUAUUAUUUUGUCUGAUAUAUUUAGGAUUCUAAUUAAUAUUAUUAUUAUUGUCAAUUUAGCGCAAUAUCAUGCGCUUUUCGUCGCCUGGUACAACAUGCUUUGGUAUAAAUAAAAUUGGAAAUA